CACCGCGCGUUUCCAUGGCAAUUCGAUUGUUGGUCGAGUUCAACUGAUAUCUUUACCGCAUCUACAGUAUGGAGUGGCCCCUGCAAAAGCAACAAAAGGUUCCAUGGUUACCAUGCGUAAACACGCACGAGUGGAUCAAGAACCAGCGCUACUCCCCAAGAGUAGACGGCCAUGACAGCUCGAAUGCUGAAAACAGAACUGGUGUCGCUACCUAUCAAUUUACAAUAGGAAUACAUUAGAUACAAUAUAAAUCCAAAACUGUUUCAUUUGACUAGGUCUAUAAUCGCAGCACCCAAAAUGGAUGAUUUGGAGAUAGAGGAACAACUGGCGCGAAUUAAAAAGAGAGAUUUAUUGCAGACAUAUUUCUACAAAAUGGCAAGCAGAGUGUUCGGUCCCGCUAAAACACGGGACAGGGUUUUCAUCGCGCCACCGAUGCCCAAACGGCCCGUUUGCACGCCGAAGCCUGAAAGCCAAGUGCUGACAAAAUGCCGAUAUGGGUCAGUGGCGGCCAUGGUUUCGGGAACAGGGGACAGAGUCAGUGGUGCUCCAAUGACAGUGAUGCCUUUGGAAGUUAAUGACGCGAAGCACCAAGACUGUGUUAACCAAAGGAGGUCAUUUCGUCGACAGUUCGAUAGUCUCGGAGACUUGUCGAAGUGGCUUAACAGCAAGCCGACGGUGACCGAGCUGGAGAUGUUGGUUGUGGAAAGAGAGAAAAAGAAGCAGAGAACUCCCUCACCUGUCCUGGGUUUUACUUUGACACCCCCGGAGGCUCUUAAGGCCAGAACACGUGCCAGCCCGACCCGUCCUUCUCCGCGGGCUAAUGUGCCUCGCACACGCGCAGCGCGGUCCCAACUGCACGAGGUAAAGGAGGUAAGGAGGAACCUCCACACUCACAAGCUCCGACCCUCUGAACUGGCCAAGAGGCUUGACAAACAUGGCACGGGACGCAUAAGUCGGAAUGACCUCCGAGCUGUGUUUGAGAAGGAGGGCCUCCCUGUGGUGUCAGAGCAUCUGGAUGACCUGGUGUCCACUCUUAGCUGCGUGGAAGGGGACACAGUGACAGUGAAGGACUUGGCGGAGGGCAUCAAGGCCUGGAGCCUAGAGAGGGAGAAGGAGGAGAGUACCAGCUGGGGCCGCAGGGGCCUGACAGAAAGAGGAGAGCUAGAGCUGGAGAAAGGAUGCAACAGGGAAAUAGAGAGAGUGAGGUGCAGGGAGCAGCGGUCUCCGAGCAUCCCAGCACGGAGGCCAGUGUGGAGCCGUGGUCUUAAGCGUGGGUCCGGGAGGCAUGGUGCCCAGCUCCUGCCCCUCCCCAGUCCUGAGCUGUGCCUGCAGACUCCCCUGUCUCUAGAGGAGCAGCAGGAGCAGGCCCUUGUCCAGCAGCACCGCCGCAACAGGAACAAGGAGGGCAUGCAGGAUGAGGAGGUGCUGGCCAUCAUGAGGACAGUGUGUACAGGGAACACCACCCAGGACGCCCACUCCCACCCCUCCUCUCUGGGAGGAGACACGGCCCGAGCGUUGGACAAGUUCAGGAGGCAGUGUCUGGGGGAGUACCUGGACUCACUGGACCAGUGUCACACACAGGGGGUCACAGUCAACCAGGCCACACUGGAGAGAGUUCUGCUGCAUCCAGGGGACCAUGUCCUAAAGGGUCCAGAGAGUGUCUUGCUGAGGCAGGCAGGAACCAAUCCCAUGCCGGGGUGUGGGGGCCGUCUGAGGACCUGGAUCGGUUACAGCAGCAGUACCCCGCGGGGGGGCGAGGAGAAGGAGGAAGAGGAGCAUGGCCUGGAGGAAGAGGCCGCUCUACACAAAGUCUGCAAGGAUACGCCUUUGUACCCCUCCCAUAGGUCUGUACGUCGGGGACCCAAGAUGAUGACCCUGUCCACAGGUCGAGCUGAGGUCAGACACAAGACAGAGUGCUGGCUGACCAGGGAGGAGUACACCCACAUGACCAGCAACAUGAGGGAGCCUUCCAGCCGUAGAGCCGACCCUAACGCGUUCUGGACUGGUCAGGACAACCAUGUGAGACUCUACCUGCCCAGAGUGGGCCUGUCUCCCGAGGGGGUCCUCUUUGAGCACAUCAUCCGCUCUCCCGCCCCAAGCCCCGGCAGCUGGCCUGUCAACGACAAGGGCUACUUCACCUCUGGAGACAUAGAUGGACACAAGGCCUACACCCUGUAGAGCACUUUACUCCAUGAUCCAGAUACAAUAUUGUACUUUCAUGUGGGAGUUCAAAUACUUUUUGCUGUUAGAUUAUGGUUACAGUCUUAUCCAAGGGUCUCCUCUUCAUUUCACAAGGCUAUUUUUAAUUGAGAUUAUUUUGUCUUUGAAGCUAAUAAAGACUAUAAUAUAAAGUGAA